UGCAAGCGCCGGGUACGGAGCGGACUGCGGUUCCCGCGCGCAGCCGUCGCCACCACCGUCCCCUCUUCCCGAGCGGGGCUCGGCCCGGUGUGGCCAGCGGCCGGGGAGAUGUGAACCGGGGCCCGCGGGCGCGGCCGGGUCGCCGCGAUGUGGCUCAAGCCCGAGGAGGUGCUGCUGAAGAACGCGCUCAAGCUCUGGGUGACCCAGAAGAGCAGCUGUUACUUCAUCCUGCAGCGGCGCCGCGGGCACGGCGAAGGCGGUGGGCGCCUCACCGGUCGCCUGGUAGGUGCUCUGGAUGCAGUGCUGGAUUCCAAUGCUCGGAUUGCUCCGUUUCGAAUUCUGCUUCAAGUUCCCGGGUCCCAGGUUUAUUCUCCCAUAGCAUGUGGUGCCACAUUUGAGGAAAUCAACCAGCACUGGGACUGGCUGGAACAGAACCUCCUCCACACCUUGUCUGUUUUUGAUAAUAAAGAUGACAUUGCCAGCUUUGUCAAAGGGAAGGUGAAGGCUCUGAUUGCUGAGGAGACCAGCAGCAGGCUUGCAGAGCAGGAGGAGGAGCCCGAGAAGUUCCGAGAAGCCCUGGUGAAGUUCGAGGCUCGAUUCAACUUCCCUGAGGCUGAGAAGCUGGUCACCUACUACUCCUGCUGCUGCUGGAAGGGCCGGGUGCCUCGCCAGGGAUGGCUGUACCUCAGCAUCAACCACCUCUGCUUCUACUCUUUCUUCCUGGGCAAGGAACUUAAACUUGUGAUCCCAUGGGUUGAUAUCCAGAAGCUGGAAAGAACGUCUAAUGUCUUCCUGACGGAUACUAUCCGGAUCACCACACAGAACAAGGAGCGUGACUUUUCCAUGUUUCUGAACCUGGAUGAAGUGUUUCGGAUCAUGGAGCAGCUGGCUGAUGUGACACUCCGGAGGCUGCUGGAUAAUGAGGUGUUUGACUUGGACCCUGACCUGCAGGAGCCGAGCCAGAUCACCAAGAGGGAUCUCGAAGCCAGAGCACAGAACGAGUUCUUCCGGGCGUUCUUCAGGUUGCCGAGGAAAGAGAAGCUGCAGGCAGUUGUGGACUGCUCCUUGUGGACGCCCUUCAGUCGCUGCCACACAGUGGGCCGAAUGUUCACCUCUGACAGCUACAUCUGUUUUGCCAGCAGAGAAGAUGGCUGCUGUAAUGUUGUCCUUCCACUCCGAGAGAUUGUGAGCAUCGAGAAGAUGGAGGACACAAGCCUGCUGCCCAACCCCAUCAUUGUCAGCAUCCGGAGCAAGAUGGCCUUCCAGUUCAUCGAGCUCAAGGACAGAGACAUCUUGGUGGAGAGCCUGCUAGUGAGACUCAAGCAGGUUCACGCCAACCACCCUGUGCGAUAUGACACCUCCAGUGACGAUGACAUGACAUCCCCUUUGUUUUACUCAGCAAGCAUGUGUGGUGAGCACAAGUUUGGGGACCUUACAGUGGAGUCUUCUCAACAUCAUGAGGAAAGUGAGAAGAGCCCCCCACCGCACCCUGAGCCCCUGACUGCUGUCUUCCACCAGCGGUCAGGCUGCCAGAGCCCCGACUCCCGCCUGUCCCAAGAACAGAUCAAAAUCAGUCUAUGGAAUGACCACUUUGUGGAGUAUGGCCGGACCGUGUGUAUGUUCCGCACAGAGAAGAUCCGGAAGCUUGUAGCCAUGGGGAUCCCGGAAUCUUUGCGUGGAAGGCUCUGGCUCCUUUUUUCUGAUGCUGUGACAGACCUUGCUUCCAACCCCGGUUACUAUGGGACUCUGGUGGAGCAGUCCCUGGGGAGAUGCUGCCUGGUCACAGAGGAGAUAGAGCGGGACCUGCACCGCUCCCUGCCAGAGCAUCCCGCCUUCCAGAACGAGACAGGAAUUGCUGCCUUGAGGAGGGUGCUGACAGCCUAUGCCCAUCGGAACCCCAAGAUUGGAUAUUGCCAGUCCAUGAACAUCUUGACCUCUGUGUUGCUGCUCUAUGCCAAGGAGGAGGAAGCCUUUUGGUUGCUGGUUGCCGUGUGUGAACGCAUGUUGCCUGACUACUUCAACCAUCGAGUGAUCGGAGCUCAGGUGGACCAGUCUGUCUUUGAGGAGCUCAUCAAGGAGCACCUCCCAGAGCUGGCGGAGCACAUGACAGACCUCUCGGCCUUGGCAUCUGUCUCUCUGUCAUGGUUCCUGACUCUGUUCCUCAGCAUCAUGCCUCUGGAGAGUGCGGUGAAUGUGGUAGAUUGCUUCUUCUACGAUGGGAUCAAAGCUAUCUUCCAGCUGGGGCUGGCUGUGCUUGAAGCCAAUGCUGAGGAUCUGUGUAGCAGCAAAGACGACGGCCAGGCCUUGAUGAUCCUUAGCAGGUUUCUAGAUCACAUUAAGAAUGAAGACAGCCCUGGGCCCCCCAUCAGCAGCCACCAUGCCUUUUUCUCCGAUGACCAGGAGCCCUAUCCUGUGACUGACAUUGCCGACCUCAUCCGAGACUCUUAUGAGAAAUUUGGGAACCAGUCUGUGGAGCAGAUUGAACACCUGCGCUGCAAGCACAGAAUCAGAGUCCUACAAGGCCAUGAGGACACCACCAAGCAGAAUGUGCUCCGUGUUGUUAUCCCAGAAGUCUCGAUUCUUCCUGAAGACCUAGAGGAGCUCUAUGACUUAUUUAAGAGAGAACACAUGAUGAGCUGUUACUGGGAGCAGCCCAGGCCUGUGGCCUCACGUCAUGACCCUAGCAGGCCCUACGCUGAGCAAUACCGCAUAGAUGCCCGGCAGUUUGCACAUCUGUUCCAACUGGUUUCACCCUGGACCUGUGGGGCCCAUACAGAGAUCCUUGCUGAGAGGACGUUCAGGCUCCUCGACGACAACAUGGAUCAGCUCCUGGAAUUCAAGGCAUUUGUGAGCUGUCUAGAUAUUAUGUAUAAUGGAGAAAUGAAUGAGAAAAUUAAACUGCUGUACAGGCUUCAUAUCCCUCCAGCACUUACUGAAAAUGAUCGAGAUAGCCAGUCACCAUUGAAAAAUCCUCUGCUAUCCACAUCAAGACCCUUGGUUUUGGGGAAGCCCAAUGGUGAUUCAGUUGAUUAUCAGAAGCAGCUGAAGCAGAUGAUUAAGGAUUUAGCCAAAGAAAAAGAUAAAGCUGAAAAAGAGUUGCCCAAAAUGAGCCAGAGAGAGUUUAUCCAGUUUUGCAAGACUUUGUACAGCAUGUUCCACAGGGAUCCAGAAGAAAAUGACUUGUACCAAGCCAUUGCCACAGUCACCACACUGCUGCUGCAGAUCGGGGAAGUAGGCCAGCGGAGCAGCAGCUCAGGAAGCUGCUCCCAGGAGUGUGCAGAGGAGCUGCAGGCUUCAGCUCCUUCUCCUGAGCAAGACUCCGUGUUUGUGGACACUGGGAAGACUCCUCAGGACUCGCGGGCAUUUCCUGAGGCAGAAGGGGACUGGACUGUUUCCCUUGAACAUGUUUUGGCAUCACUUCUUACUGAACAGUCGCUAGUCAACUUUUUCGAAAAGCCACUAGACAUUAAAUCCAAACUUGAAAAUGCUAAGAUUAAUCAGUACAGCCUCAAAACUUUUGAAACAAGCCACCAACCACAGCCUGAUCUCAAGCUGAAUAACCUGUAGCAAGAUAAGCCUGCAGGGAGCACACUGGAGGUUGCUAUACCAAAGGAUGGACUGGGCUUACUUCUUUUUGGGUUAAGACUACAGACCCAAAUUUCAGAAACCACUUUAGCUGGACACAUGGAUACCCAAAACUGAUAGAACCAAGGACAAGAAAAGCCCUAGGCUGCUUUCACUCAGAAUGCUAACAGGACUGUUCAAGAAUCAAGUUCACUUUCAAGAUCUCAGCUACUGUGGGUGCAAUUGUAUUUGGCUUUUUUUGCACUAAUUUUGUUUCAAUGCUGGUAAUUGAAACCAUUUUAAUGUAUUUGGUUGUAUUCACUUUAUAUGUCCUUCCAAAAAUGUGUACAAAUCAUGCUUUCAAUGUUGGCCUCCGAGUUUUUAAAUAAGAAUUCUUUUUAUAUCAACUCAGUA